CACAAUCUGGGUUUUGUUAGUUCCGAUCAACGAUAAAAUGGGUUCGUUAACGUUGAGAACGAUGCUUAUAUUGGGGAUGGCUGUGGCUAUGGCGGCACGAACUGUUGCUUCAUUGUCACAUAACUACGGGGACGCAUUGAGUAAAUCUAUAUUGUUCUUCGAGGGCCAGAGGUCAGGGAAACUGCCUCCUAACCAGAGAAUGACAUGGAGGAAAGAUUCGGGUCUCCGAGAUGGCUACGAGAUUGGCGUUGAUCUGACCGGAGGAUACUACGAUGCAGGGGACAACGUAAAAUUCAACUUCCCGAUGGCGUUCACGACCACAAUGCUGGCAUGGAGCGUGGUGGAAUUUGGCGGGAUGAUGGGUUCCGAAAAGCAGCACGCCCUCGAAGCUCUUCGCUGGGGGACGGAUUAUCUGAUGAAGGCAACGAGCGUCCCUGGUUUCGUCUUCGCGCAAGUUGGCGAUCCUUACUCCGAUCAUAACUGCUGGGAGAGACCCGAAGAUAUGGACACUCUCAGAACUCCGUACGCCGUCAGCAAGGACUUCCCCGGAUCAGAAGUCUCCGGCGAGAUCGCCGCCGCUCUGGCAGCUUCCUCCAUGGCGUUUCGCAGCGUUGAUCGGCUCUACUCUGCAAAGCUUCUCACCAGAGCUUCCACGGUUUUCAGAUUUGCUGACACGUACAGGGGAUCGUAUAAUGAGAGCAUUGGACAGUGGGUUUGUCCGUUCUACUGUGAUUUCAGCGGCUAUGAGGACGAAUUGGUGUGGGCGGCAGCGUGGCUCUUCAAAGCGACAAAGGGAGCCAGUUACUGGAGCUACCUGAAGAGCAACGCGGGAAAUUUGAACAAGAUGAUGUUUCAGGGCAUAGAUGGAGUGACCUAUUCAGAGGGAGCCUUUGGAGAGUUCGGAUGGGACACUAAAACUGCUGGGAUCAACAUCCUCGUUACAGAGCUGCUGGUUCCAUAUAACAUUACCGACGUGACGACGUUCAACCUUUACGCCGACAAGUUUAUAUGUACGGUCUUGCCGGAAUCGCCCACCGUCAGCGUCGAGUACUCUCCCGGCGGGCUUCUGUUCAAAUCCGGCGGAAGCAACAUGCAACACGUCACGGCGUUGUCUUUCCUGCUCGUUUCCUACGCUCGCCAUCUCCAGCGUUACAAGCGAGUGGUCCGUUGCGGCGAUGUGGUUGUCACUUCCUCCCGGCUCGUCAACUUCGCCAGAGGCCAGGUGGAUUACAUACUUGGAAGCAACCCAUUGAAGAUGUCGUACAUGGUGGGAUAUGGGACGAAGUUCCCACAGAAGAUUCACCACCGGGCAUCGUCGAUGCCGUCGACGGCGAGCCAUCCGGACAGAAUAGACUGCCAAGGUGGAACUCAAUACUUCAUGAGCCAGAACCCGAACCCUAAUCAGCUCACCGGCGCGGUCGUCGGAGGCCCUGAUAUCAACGACGCUUACGACGAUUCCAGGGCGGAUUUUGUACACUCCGAGCCAACCACUUACAUCAAUGCCCCUCUGGUUGGGGUCUUGGCUUACUUGUCUUCGCGUAAUUACUCUUCUAGUCCAUAAUCGGCUCUGUUUUUCUUUUUAAUGGAUUUUACAGUCACCCUUUUCUCUUUCUCUUUGGCUGUCGUUCUUCCUUGUGAAAGAGGAUUAGUGGAGAAUAUUUGUAAAGAAAAUAUUGAAAUUUAU